AUGGACCCGAACAUUACAGCAGUGCAGGCGAUCGCUCACAACAAGUUCCUUUCCUGGGAAUGGUUACGCUCAGAGCCAGAUGCGGUCAAGGCCGCAUACCCGCCCUUGCGGAACAAAGACUUCAUCAUCGAGGCCACCCAGCCGCAGGCAGCCCCAGGAGCGAUCCAGAGGCCCAUCAGCACCACCACCAUCAAGGCCGACCUCAACGUGAAUUUGUGCACCUACAACUGCAAAUCACUCAAGGCCGCCGUCAGCUUCAAGUCGGGCAAAGGCAAGGCGGCCGGCAAAAGCAAGCAGAGCCUCUCCAAGGUCACGCACCUAGCAGCACAGUUUGCUGACAUGGGCCUGCACGUCGUGGCCCUACAGGAGACGCAGAGCGAAGGAGACGCCCGCAACGUAGGAGAAUAUGUCUGCUACUCCUCAGGCCACACGCAGCAGAACAGAGGAUGCGACAUCUGGCUCAACGUCUCCCAACCAAUCAGCGCGAGUGGGGCAGCGAAGUACCUAAGUGCCAAAGACACCCUCGUCCUCCACCAGCACGACAGGCUCUUGAUCAUCAAGACCCGCGUUGCAGGCACAGACAUGGUCAUCGCAUCAGCAUAUGCACCCCACGAAGACUCCCACGCGGCGGAGAAGAGAGAAUUCUGGGAGUCUGCUCAGCGAUUGUCUGCCAAGUACCGAGUGGACAUCUUCAUGGGGGACCUGAACGGGCGUCUUGGCGACUACGAGUCCCCAGGAGUUGGCACCAGUGGGUACCCAGAAGCGACCAACGGCAAUGGCAAGCACAUCAUCAGCUUCGCUGCCGACACCAACAUGGAGGUCAUCAACACCACGAGGGAUCCAGGCAACAACUCAUAUACGCAUGUCGGAUCGAAGGGGCAGCAUCACAGGAUAGACUACAUCCUGCUGAGCUCCUCGAUCGCCCCGUACGUUGCGAGCUGCAGCACGGAGCCAGGUCUGGACCGAGGCACAGCUGCACAAGACCACAUACCAGUACUAGCCACCCUCAAGUGGGCCGUCUGCAAGACCACCAAGGUCUCAGGACCGAGGCCCGACCUGACCAACUUGAACAAUGACGUCGCCAAGGCCAGCUUCAAGGAGAUUCUCAAGCAGGCCCCGAUCAUCCCCUGGGAGGUGGACGUCAACACCCACUGCGAGGAGGUCAUCAGGGUCGUCAACGACGCGGCCAUCCAGGCCUUCGGCAAGGCCUCCAAGGCAACGAGGAAGCCCUACGUCACCAAGACUACCAUGGGCCUGAUCCGAGCCAGGCUACUGCACCCCCUCUUCACCAAGGUGGCGACCACCGUACGGGAGCCGCUGAGCUUCAAGGGUGGAGACCUGGUCGCAAUUCCCAAAGGAAAAGGCGACCCAAGGUACCUCCAAGCCUACCGCGAGAUCCUCUUAAACAACGUCCUGGGCAAGCACCACCACAAAUACCUACGGACCAUGCUCAACACUACCCUCGCCAUAGCGCUGGAGGGCAUCCAGGUUGGCGGCCGGCCCAAGCGAGGGGCGGACAUGGCGGUCCUAGCAGCGCGCCUCUUCACAGAGAGAAGUCAGGCCCAAGGGAAGUGCUCCAUGAUAAGCUGCUACGACUUAAAGGAGGCCUUCUACUCGGUUGUAGUCCAGCUGGUUCAUGGCAUCCCAGGCGAGGAGGACGAAGUCAAGGAGGUGCUAGAGAACCUCGAGGUUCCCCUGUGGGCCCAGCCGCAACUGGAGCACCUCAUGGCCAACCCAGGGAUACUCGACACAGUGUUGGACGGCUCCCACUUGGCUGCCCUCAUUGCAGAAGGUUACCGCAACGGGUGGACAUCACACAGGUUCUCCCAGAACCUCAUGGCGCCGCACAAGGGCACGAGGCCUGGCGUGCCCCUGGCCGACGCGGACUUCAAUCUGCUAUUCGGGCGAGUCCACCGCAUGAUUGACAGCUACCUUGGCGACCGAGCCAAGUACAAAGAGCCUACCAUCAUCGAGACAGACGACCACUGGAUCAGCGAUGCCGAGUUGAAUGGAGUGAAUGGAGCAAAUGGAGAAGGUUCAUCAUACCGAGACAAGUACCGCCACUUCGACCAGCACGACGGUGCCGAGUACCACAGGGUCGGGGCCAGCUAG